UUGACGUUGAAGAAUUCUCAACAGAUGCGGCUCAAGCGGCUGGUUUUGGUGUGGCUGCACGGAUCUAGAGCCGCCACAUGGAGAUGACCGAGACGACGAAAAUCACUUACAACCACUAUCCCGGGAAACCUGCCCAGUUCUCAGUCUAGAAGGCAUUUUGCGGGUCCCCAAUCGCAUCAAUCAUAGAGAGAAUCAAGUGGCAUCAUGUCAGGCCCCCAAUCUUCGAGUCAGGGCUCAACCGCUGUGGAGACGGAUCGAGGAUCCGAGGAUCAUUUCGCUCGCUUGUUGCCCGCCUUGCGGAAAAUCCUUCCCCCACACAGGCUUUCAGCCUGCCCCUGCAUGACAUGGCGCCCGUCCCGGAGUCAUGUCCACCCCUAUGGCAAUGGACACGCAGAAAGUUUGACAGACUACAUAGCCGUCUCCCCGGCAUGAUGGAUUUCGAGUUGGGCCGUCUUCAACACUACCAUCCUGCUGACAACCAUGGCGCGAGAAGAUCGAUCUGGAGAAUUCACCGGCGUCUUGGGCUUCUUCAUCUGUAUCUGCACCCUGCUGGUACUGCUUCGAUGCUACUGCAAGCUGGUUAUCGUGAAGAACUUCGCAGCCGAUGACUACUUCUCUGUCCUUACCCUGGUAUCCUUCUUAGUCUUUUGUACCUCCGCACUGCUAGGUAUCCAAAAUGGAACCGGCAAGCGACGAUAUCUCAUCCCAGACGAAAAGUAUCCCGUAGGCAUGAAGUGGUGGUGGACUUGCGAGCCUACUUACGUUGCUACGAACUUCUUCCUCAAGUGCAGCAUCGGCAUCUUCCUGCUGCGUAUUGCCGUUGACAGAACUCAUCGCAUCAUUCUUUGGACCGCCCUGAUCGUCAUCCAACUCUACAGCGUGUACUUCUUCUUCAUCUUUACCUUCCAAUGCUGGCCUGUCUCGUUCUUCUGGGAGCAGUUCCGUGGCGGCAAAGGCCAGUGCAUCCCCUCUAAUGUCGUCGUGAACUCGUUCUACGGCUACUCUGCGUUGUCCUGUGCCACGGAUUGGACGUUUAGUAUCGUUCCAAUCUUCAUUGUGCACAAGUUGCAGAUGAACAAAAAGAAGAAGAUGACUGUGGCUGUCGUCCUUGCUUUCUGCGCUAUCGGCUCUACUGCAACAGUCGUCCGCAUUCCGUUCAUCAACGGUCUUAACGACAUACCCGAUUUCCUCUACUCUACCAUCGACGUCGCAAUCUGGUCCACCUGCGAGACCGGAAUCGGCCUUGCCACCUCCGCCGCCGCGACUCUCCGCCCUUUGCUCCGCCAAGUCUUUGGCGACAUGUCGACGCAUGAUAGCACCUCGCGCAAACACUCACGCAUGUGGAAUUCGGGUCACCCGUCUCGUUCUGGGUACCGGGAACACGCCAGUCGGAAUACUGAAAAUGAUAUUCAGCUCAGCUCUCAUGAUUCAAAACACCACAACCACACUGUUCAUGUUGUCGGUGGCGAUGGGUCGAGUCCGAGUGGGAGCACGAUCGAACUGAACAAGGAAUGGGAGCAGGACAAAGACAGCGGGCCGACUGAUGCAGGUGCAGCGGGUCACAAAGGGAUUAUGAGAACGGUCAAGAUUACGCAAAUGUAGAACGAGGUUAAUGUGUAUUAGAAAGUAUUGCGCGAUUAGAGGGAUUCGCUAGAGCAU